AUUUAAAACAUUUUUCAAAAUUUUUGAUAUUUGGUGGGAUAAAUGUUAAAAACCAUAAUUUUUAUGGGUUUUUCAUGGUUUUCAUGGGUUUCUUGUUCCGACCGCCAUGUUUAAGUUACAUAUUCAUGUUCAGAACACAAAAAUACAUGGGAAUUGAGUGUUGUUAUCCCUUAUUUCAUAUGCGUGGGUUUUCCGAAGGUUUACCGGAAUUGCUUCCGGCCAUCGCGAAAAGCGGUCAAUGAGUGUUAAACAAUAUUUAUAUCCGUUACAUACGGGUAAUGGGCCUAUUAUAUCCAUGUGCACGUGUUCGAAACGCGCAUCAGGUGUAGUGAACUGUUCUGGGAUCUGUUUGACGUGCCUCGAAAUUUUUGACUGCUGACAAUCUAAGCAAUUUCUAGCCCACUUCGUGAUAUCGCGGUGCAUAUUCGGCCAUACAUAACGUUGUGGUAUAAUUUUAUCAGUGACUUUUGCACUCGGAUGUGCAGGACUGUGAAAAAAUCAAAUAUCCGUUGACGUAGAGUGGCUGGGAUAUACAGGGUGCGUUCUGAAAGUAGUAGGACUGAUUUUUUCCUGGGCACGCGGACGGUCGGACGGCGGUUUCGCCGGGUGGGGUCGAUGGAGGGGGGUCUCAGCUAAGGUUGGAACCGCGCGGCAGUCGGCUCCGAGCCCUUCCGUAGUGUAGAUCGCUUGUACUCGACACCUUUGUCAAGUUACCUCGUAACGCUGCGUCAUGGAGCGUUUGUUGGAGCAGCGCUACGCCGUGAAAUUUUGCGUGAAGCUGGGGAAAUCCAGCAAAGACACCCAUGAUCUCAUCAAGGCAGCUUAUGGUGAUAAUGCCAUGAGCAGAUCCGGUGUCUUCGAGUGGCAUAAGCUGUUUAGAGAAGGGAGAGAGGAAGUUGAAGACGCCCAACGUUCCGGCCGCACGUCAACCACCAAAAGUGACGAAAAUGUGGCUCGAGUGAAAACUUUGUUGAACAGUGACCGUAGAUUAAGUUUGUCAUUAAUAUCUGAAGAACUUGGCAUCGCCAAAACUCAAGUCUACGAAAUUGUGACCGAAAACCUGGCCAUGAGAAAGGUGUGUGCAAAGUUGGUUCCGCGUGUGCUUACGGACGAACAGAAGGAAACUCGCGCGCGGAUUUGCCAAGAAAAUCUCGAUCUUGUGAGUGAGAAUCCAGACUUUUAGGACAGAGUGGUUACUGGGGACGAGACCUGGACAUUCGAAUACGACCCGAAGUCAAAGCGUCAAAGUGCGGAGUGGCACACGUCGGCUUCCCCACGACCCAAAAAAGCUCGCAUGGUGAAGUCAAAGCAAAAGUCGAUGCUCAUCGCCUUUUUUGA